CUCGCGGCCUUAAACGCAACUGGUCGAAGAGUAAAGCUAGAUCUCUUUGCGGAACCCUCUGGAGAUUUGGGAGCCUCCUCUGGAAAUGACGAAGUUGAUGGUGGUGUUGACAAGAGUGCUGGAGAUACAAAUCUACCAUCUUCUUCAGGUGGGUUCCGUCAUUUUUUGCAUGAAAGGACUAUGUAGAGACGACAUGCCUGAACAACAUUAUUUUGGUGGAAAUAUUGUGCAAGAAAAUGUUUUGUUCCCCGAGAAUUUGGUUUUUCAGAUUGUAGGAUGGCUGAGGUCUUGGGAACAUUCAAUGCUCAGAUCAAGUUGGGCUGGACCACAGUCAAAUAUAUUGAAUGACUCCCAACCUGUUAAGCCGUUUCUACAGCAUCUAAGCGUUCUGGAGGUGGUCAAGUUCGAAGUGAUGCUAAGAUUUCUAUAUGUAGAAUGCAAUUAUAGAUUCACUCAGCCACUAAUUUUGUUAUUAAAAUUGAUUAUGGCGACGUAUAUAUUGCCUGUUAUUAUCACAUCUGUUUGUGCAAACAUCAAGACAAUCCUUUGCUGUUACUUGGGCAAUAUAGUGACGAUGAAUUAAAUGAUGAGGAGCAUAAGACGCUCAAGCAUGACGUUUCAGAGAGUUCUUCUAUCGAACAAAAGUGCCAGGAGCCUGUAAGUACAGGGUGCGAGGAUGCGGAAGAACAUGCAGAUGAGUCUGAUGCUCUUCAGACCACCCUGGAGGAGUUGGAGAAGGAAUUUCUUUCUUCAGAAGCUCCCAAGGACUUGGAUGGAGAUGAAGUUAGAGAAAGUAGCGCUUCUUUGUCGGAUGAAGCAGAGCCUACCACACAAAUCCCUGAUACCGGAAGCUCCUUAACACAAAUAAGUGGUGAUGGAAGCUCUAGUUGGAAAUUGGUGAUGCAUGAAGAGAGUGGUCAAUAUUAUUACUGGAACACACUAACAGGGGAAACUUCAUGGGAACUACCCGGCGAUUUUGUUCAGAAAGCUGAGACAGCUAAAGGGCAGAAAGUUCCUUCUGGUACUGAAGACGGGAGUGCUGCUAUAGCCAAUGUGUGUACAAGCAUUCCUGUCGUUGUUGAUUCUACAGCAAAUAUGACACGUGCUGCUGAGAAGUACGACAAUGGGCACCAACUGAGCUGUGGAGGACAUGAAAAUGAAGAUCAGGAAGCUCAAAAUUUGGAACUAGAAGUUAGGCACAUGGAACCAAGAGAUUCUGGGGUUCCAACUACCUCGGGUCAUGAUGAGAAGGAUGACCACAAGAGGAUAGCCAAUGAACAUGAAGCAGCUCUUUCAACUCGCCUUGUUGAGUAUGGCAAAAGUUUGCUGGAGAGACUGAAAGCUGUAGAAAGGUCAAACGACUACCACUAUCAAGGGCAAGAUCGGAUACUGAAGUAUAUGCUGGAAAUUGAGAUUAGACUUUCUGAUUUCAAGUCAUUAAUGGAUUGUGAAUCUUCUCUGCUACCAUUUUGGGUACAUUCUGAGGGGAAACUUCAAGCGCUUGAACAAGCCAUUGGAUAUGAAAUUUCUCAACUCACUAAAUCUGAGCAGAUGAGUGAAGUUGAGAGUGGACAUAUUGCGUUAGCAGAGAUGAACAGUACAUUACUACAUAGCGAGAAAGACGAAACUGAAGAGGCUGCUGGAUAUCCUACUCAACAUGUCGGCGGAAGUGAAGUGAACAUGGAGAAAAUCAAAGAGACUGCACAUCCAACUGAGUUUGUUCUUGAACUCAAGCCGGACACUGACGAAGAAAUGGACAUGGAUGUGGAUAUGGAAGUUGAUGAUGAAAUUACUGCAACUCAUACAACUUCUGGUGAUCUGUCAAAUGGCGAUCAUAUUGUUCAUCCAGCUUCUCCUCUGGUGGAGUGCCCACAUUCCGAGCACGAAGAAGGAUUUAAUGUCCCUCCUCCAGAUGAAGAUUGGAUACCUGCACCUCCACCUGAUAAUGAACCUAUCCCUCCACCUCCACCUGAUAAUGAACCUAUUCCUCCACCCCCACCAGAUGAACCUACCCUUUCUUAUACACCUCACCCACCAUAUCCUGAGAGUGUACCACCUUUCUCUUUCACAGAGCAUUACAAUUUCUCUUAUCCUGUUUCCGGCUAUGGGUAUUAUGGACCAUCUGUUCCUCCAAUUUCAAGCACUAACUAUUAUACGCAUACUGAAGGUAACCAGAUCGAUGUGUCGCAACCAUCUCAAUGUUAUGAAUCUGUGUCAAAUCAGUUUUCUGAAUGUGCUUCAAUAAUGGUUAAUCCUGUCGAGCCUAUUGUUUAUUAUGAUCCAAGUGGAACGGUACCCUCUAUCACUAGCACUAUCCAGCCUUCAAAUGUGUAUGCCGGAUCAGGUGCUUCAAAUUACGCGCAUACAGCUGCUUCAAAUUACGCGCAUACAGCUGCUUCUGAUCAAUCUCAUCAGGGCAGUGGAAAGUCUGAGUACAGCUCAUUACCAGUAAUAAAUGCUGAGCUUGAUGUUUCGUCCUUCAGAAAGUCUGAUAUCGCGGCAUUACAGAUUCCACCUUGUUCUGCAACAGUCCAAGCGGCAGCCACUGUUGCGCUGAAAGAUGAUGAACCGGCAACUGUUACAGCACCGGCUGCCUUACCAACAGCUGCGUCUAAAGCUCAAACUAAAGUUGCGCGUAGCAAGAAAAAAACAGUCGCAGUUGCAACUACAUUGCGGUCUAAUAAGAAGGUCUCCAGUCUAGUAGACAAGUGGAAGGCUGCAAAAGAGGAGUUACACGAGGAUGAUGAAGAUGAGCCCGAAAAUGCUUAUGAGAUGUUGGAGAAGAAGAAACAAAGAGAAAUAGAGGAAUGGCGUGCACGUCAAAUUGCCAGUGGAGAAGCUAAAGAUAAUGCUAAUUUUCAGCCUCUGGGUGGUGAUUGGCGUGAACGGGUGAAGCGCAAGAGAGCGCUAUCAAAGAAGGAAGCUGUGGAAACUGCAGCAGCGCCUACGAAUGGGAAACAGCAGCCUGGUUUAGUGGAACUUUCAAGGGAUCUCCCGUCUGGAUGGCAGGCAUAUUGGGAUGUAUCCUCAAAAGAGGUUUAUUAUGGAAACACUAAGACGUCGGAGACUACCUGGAUCAGACCUACCGCCUAAGGCAUGCCAAUUAGCUUCCACAAUUUUGGAAGCUGUCAAGAAUUUCUGAUUUCCAGGUGUAAAAGACCCAUUUUUCUUUUUGAUACGCCGCCUAAAAUUAGUUGAAUCAAUACCUGUAUCUUGUUACAGUACAUUAGUAAAUUGUAUGAAUAUGCGUGGGUGUUAAUGUAAGUCCAAGAUCUUUGUAUUUCUUGGAGUCUUGCUCCACCUUGAUGUAUACUAGGUUUUUUUACUAAUUUUUAAAGUAACUAAAAGAAAGG